CAACACACUUCGGCGGGAUGUUUGAGAGUAUGAUAAAGUCAGCCAAACAAGCAAUUGCUGCAGUUUUGCCAAACGCGGACGUCAAUGAUGAGGAAUUACAAACAGUUUUCACUGGAGUUGAAAGUCUACUAAAUUCUCGACCAUUGACAACGAUAAGUGAUGAUCCUAAUGACGAACUUGUACUGACGCCAAACCAUUUUCUCAUAGGACAAAUGGGAGGAGAUGUUGUCCACGAGAACGUUGAUACGACAGUAUUCAAUGCCCAGAAGCGGUGGAGACGGAUCCAAGAGUUAGUGCGACAC